AUUUACUUAUCAUACGGUGACAUGUUUUGAAACUGAGAAAGUAACUCAAUUACUUUAGACGUAAAGACGUUCUUAUUUUCGCGCCUCCAAGUUUUUUUGUUUUGUACCUCUAAUAUCCCACCUUCUAGGAUCUAAACGAGUCGAAAGAAAGCGGUGGUUUUAAAGAAGUGUUUUUUUUUUUUACUUUUUGAAUACCAUUAAUUAAUAUGAACUCAGCCGUAAUAAGAUUAACUAAAUGCAGCUCUACCAAAUGUUUGGCUAUGUUUCAAUUAUCAUACCAUAGUCAACCGAAGGUCGCUUUGGAUGAAGGCAUUUCCUCACACCGCGUGCAGGUGGGCCCCCACCGCCUACACUACCUGCGCGCGGGGCAUGGCCCACACACGCUGCUCCUCAUACCAGGGGUCCUUGGCUUCGGCUGGAGCAACUUCAAGCACCAGCUCCUGGGCUUCGACAGAGACCUCUUCACCACCAUCGCCUUUGACCCGCCAGGGAACGGCUACAGCAGACCACCAGAGAAAACCUUCCCGCCUUUGGAAGUGGAGGCCGAGACUGUCGCACAAUUCAUGGAGGCACUAGGGGUGGAGUCUGCGUCGGUGCUGGGCUACAGCUCCGGGGGCCGCACCGCCAUGGUGCUGGCGGCUCUGCAUCAGCGUCUGGUGAAGAAACUUGUGCUGGCCUCCACACAUGCCUUCAUCCUACCCGAUGAGUACAAGUAUUCCAGAAGUCUUGAUUGUAUAGAAGAAACGUGGAAUGAGAAAGAAAAAAAUAUAUUGUACGGCGUAUACGGAAAAGAAAACUUACCCAAGUUGUGGAGACAAUUUAAUGAUUUUAAUGAACGUAUACUUAAAGAACAACGUGGCAAUGUCUGCCUCCACUUGCUGAAAGACAUCAAGUGUCCCACACAACUGAUAUGCGGACAAAAAGACCCGUUGACUAAAGUUGAGAAUUCCUGGUUACUGCACGCCUUAAUUGAGAACUCCAGAAUACAUGUAUAUCCUGAAGGCAAACAUAGCAAUCAAAUCAAAUAUGCUGAAGACUUUAACAUGAGAGUGCAAGAUUUCCUGAUGGCUGAUGAAGAAUUGUCGGGAACUAACUUAAGGGAUGAUGAAGAGGAUAUUAAAUUAGCAAAAGCCAAUUUCUUUUGAUAAAUCAUUUUUUUGACUGAUACAAUUAAAGUAAAGUAAAACUUCGUAGUACUGUAAAUAAUUAUGUUAGUGAUUAGCCUGUUUAGAGAAUCGAUUCAUUACUAUUUAGAAUGAUUGUACCUAUGCCAUAUUCUGGAAACCGAUAAGUAUGUUUUAAAUCUUAUAAUCGGGAACACGUGACAUGGUAUCUGAUUUAGUUUCAAAUGAAUUUUGUGUUUUACGGAAAGCUGUCUGAGAUCGCUCUUAGCGAUAAGGCGAUCUUUUAUAGUUGCUAGUCUAGUAAGUAACUGUGUAAGUUUUAUUUACCUCUAAUUGGUGCCCAAUAAAAUUAAUUUCUAUAA